GUUGCCUGUGGACGUGGUAGCCAUCGAUCGGUGAAGUGCCAAACUGAUAAGAAGUAUCAGCGUCAUGGAAGUUACCAACACGACAGGAUUCCUGUUGCAAACUAUGCUGUUUAUGUCGAAUCAUCAGUGGAAUAAUAGCCUGUAUAAUACGAUCCACAAUGUGUCCAGUACGAGCAACGCAACAGAGCCUUCAGAGGAAACCGUAUGCUACGGUGUUUACGGUUGCUUCCCUCUCGGAUACCCAUGGGUCGACGAAAAGCGCCCACUGGCCUGGGCUCCACGGUCACCGGCGCAGGUGGACGUCCGGUUUCCGAUUUUCAACAUACCGGUGCGGGAGCAUCCCCGGUUCGUAGACAUCAACGAUCCGGACGAAGUCCAACGUCUUGGAAUCAAUCCCAAGGGAAGGCUGUUCAUCGUUACCCAUGGGUACAUCGAGUCUGGCGAUCGACCUUGGGUUCAGGGUUUCGUUAACACUUUCUUGGAGAACGAUCCCGAGGCUACCGUAAUGAUCAUCGACUGGCGUAAGGCUUCCGUCCCUCCGUACACGCAGUGCGUGGCAGAUAUACGGCUGGUUGGCGCGAUCACCGCCCACGUGGUCCAUAUGCUCUACCAGGAACUGGGAAUGCGAAAUUUGGACAAGGUGCACGUUAUGGGUCAUUCACUAGGGGCACACGUCUGCGGAUACGUCGGGUACUAUCUUCAGAGGGACUUUGGCCUGAAGUUGGGACGCAUUACCGGUAUGGACCCGGCCGAACCGAUGUUUUCCGAUACGGAUCCGAUCGUACGGUUGGAUUCUUCGGAUGCCAAGUUUGUGGACAUAAUUCACACGGAUGCCACACCAUGGGUGGAGCGGUGGCCUCGCCCUGGUGGGCUCGGCAUGUACCAGGCCAUAGGGCACGUCGAUUUUUACCCGAACGGAGGCAGCAACCAGGCCGGGUGCAACGAUCCGAUCGAGAAGUUCAUCACCAAACAUGAGGAUUCGUUCUUCUGGGGUUUCCAGGAGUUCUUCGGGUGCAAUCACCUGCGGUGUCACCAGCUGUUCACGGAUGCCAUUCCGCAGAAGUGUCCGUUUGUGGCCAUAGGGUGUGAGUCGUACGAGAAAUUCCUGGCCGGCGAUUGCUUCGAGUGUGACGUGGAUGGCCAUUACUGUAUCGACUUUGGACCGAAUGCAUAUAACAGCUACCGGAGGCUGAUCGAGAAUGGGAUCAUGAUCGAACCGAGGCCGAUUCGGGCGUACAUGAUCACCGGGGAUGAUUCACCGUAUUGUCGAACCCACUUCAAGGUGAGCCUGGCCCUGUCGGAUAGCGACGAAAGCCUCGUCCACGGCGGUGAAAUCGGAAAGAUGAUCCUGGAAGUGUUCGGCCAGCUGCGCGAGCGCUCCGGACAGAUGGAAUUCUCCAAGGAGCCGAUCUACUUCGAACCGGGCAAGAACUAUUCCGCCGUCAUGGCCGGCAAGGAUGUCGGAAUGCCGAAGAAGGCAUUCCUCAGCUGGGAGUACCGGACGAAUCCGUUGAAUCCACUUACCUGGCGACUGCUGGCCGCACCCCGCGUCUACGUGGCUUACGUGAUCAUCCAAACGCUGGAGCACCGGUCGAAACAGAAGUUGUGUCCCCUGAACCAGCUGCCGGUUCAAGCCGAUCGCGAUAACGAGUUUCGGGAGGAUUAUUGCACUGAUUGAGUGUUGAGUAUUCUAGAAUAAAGCGGUGAAAUGAGU